AUGGCCCUUCUCUUAGAGGGCGACUCUAUGAACGUCGACGGAACCAUGCAGGGGUUAGAGGGAAUCGAAGGCAUGCAGGGGAUUCAGGGCAUGGAGGGGAUGGAGGGAAUGGGGGGAAUGGAGGGGAUGGAGGGGAUGGAGGGCCUGGGGAGUAUGGGUAGUGCUAUGGCGCUGGAGGAGGUCGACCUGUUUGGGGACCCCGUCAUGGACGACGCCCUCGCCGGUCUGCCACCUCGCCCCCUAGUGAGCAAGAGUCUGCUGCAGCGUUUAGACGAUCUACGUGUUCGUGGCUGUUGCCAGGGAAUUGCCUGGUCACGACAAGGCACCAUUGCUACCAUCGCCAAGGACGCCAUGUCGGUCGAGCUGCGCUUCAUCCGCAGCCAUCCCAGAUACCACCGAAUGGGGCCUCAGCGAGCCAAGUUCAUGCUCAGGAUCGUGAGAGUUGGCAUCCAGUGGGGCCUGCCUCAGGUCGAUAAACAAGUGUUAUCCCAGAGUCAGCCCCUGAGGCCAUCUCUUCGAGAAAGCCACGUGGCUGUGACCAGCUGGGUUCAAUAUGGGUCAAGUGAAUCAGCCGUGGACGCCUCUGUAUCUCGGCUUUCGCAUAUCGAAAUCCUCCCUUCCGCUCACACGGCCCAGUCACAACCCAUGCACCCUCCUGUCGUCCUGACAGUGCGGUCUUACGUCCCACAAGACGCCUCUUCCUACCAACAAGAGAGCCAAAGCAUCAUCGACCGCUGGGAGGUUCUUAGCGACCAACCCCAGGCCCUUGUUCCUGCUUUCGAGCAGUUGGGGUCGAAAAACGGUAACACCUCAGCGCUUCCCACCUUGACACACCUGCGCAAACUCGAGCCGAUAAUACUGCCCAAAGUGGUUGUGGCUGUCACUACAACACAAUUUGGCAGAGUACUGUGUUUCGCCUUCAGUGAUGGGACCGUCCAGUACAGGAAUCGCUUCACGAUGGAUGAGAUAUACAACGAGCUCAAUACUGACAGUAUCAUGCAUCCCCUCCAGGUCGGAUUUCACUUUGUCAACGAUACCCCAUGCUUGCAAGUAGCCUUCUCACCUACCAACUGCUCCUUCGUCCAGAUUGGUGAGGACUCGGCUAUCAAAUGGAAUAGACUACACCACCCGAUGGAAAACUCGGAAACCGAAUUCAAGAAUGCAAUAGCCCGGCCGUUUGCGCAAUUCCCAGACUUCGCAUCUUCAUGGGUAAAGGAAACGGUCAACAUGUUGAAGAUUGUCGUCGACUACUCAGAAAAUACCCACCACGAACAGCUUGUCAAGAACGUUCCACUGCAACACUGCCUCAGCGUCAUCAACCAUCUCGGCUUCCACGGCGAUUUCAGGCCCCGCUCGCAUGGCGGCAAAUUCGCCAUGCUUGCGCUGAGCGUAAAGGGUGCCUUCCUCGUCAUCACAGUUGCCAGCAACUCGCCAAUAGGCACCAAAGAGAAGCUGAUCCCUCUCGACGACCCGGAUGUGGUGGACGCUGUAACGGGAUGCACGGCCUGGGGCAUCUCGCUGCUUGCCUGGCUUUCGGAUUCCCUCUUUGAGCUCCUCGACGACCCGGAGAUCACCGCCAUGCUCAGCGGCCCGAAGCGCUUUCCCGAGCUAGCCAAAUACCUCGAAUCCAAGAACAACGUCGCCCUGCAGCUUCUCCUCUGCUCCUCCACGCGGGGCUUCCUUUUGGCUCUCUGCCGCCGCCUGCAGCACAUCGAGACAGUCAGCAACCGCGCCGCCCAGUACUACGAAACCCGCUUCCAGCAGCAGCAGGACCCGGCUAGCGGUGGCGCGGCACCAGCCCGUCCACACCCAGCCCUCUCCCGAGCGUACCAACGAAUGGAGCGCGUCAUCUCCUCCGCCCUCGUCAAAGUCUCGGAAUUCGAGCGCCUCCUCAGCGAUCUCGGCAGCGACAUCCAGCGCUACCACAACCUGCUCGAGCUCAAAGGACAACCCCCACGGCCCCUGGCCGCCCGCAAGGCCUCGCAGCAGCCUGGUGGCAGCGGUGUCCCGCCACCGUUUGCUGGUAACAGCAGCAGCAGCGGAGGCAGCGGAGGGAGCGGCAUGCUACCCGCGGGGGACAACGGGAUGGCGAGCUACCGGAUGACCAUCGUUGGCACGUGGACGGGGAUCGGCGGAGGACAGCGACGGUCCGCAGUGGCGCCGAUAGUAGAGGUGGUUAAGGAGCAGGGGGAGGACCGGGAGGAAGAGGAGGUGAAGGAGGAGAAGGAGGAGGAGGAGGAGCGGGUGGAAGAGCAGGAGGAGGGAGGCAUAGGUUGUGGGAUUUUGAGGAGUGGGUAG